AUGGACACGUCCAUGCCUGGCAUGGAGGUAGAUGAUCACAAGCUCAAAUUGAUGCGGUCCUUGCUCAUCAUGGGCACUCUGUCGUCACUGCUGGGCUCGCACAGUGAGUGCGGUGAUACGCGAAUGCUGGAGGAUCUUCUCUCCAGAGAAGUGACGGCAUGGCUUCCGCAAGUGGGAACAGAGGACUACGAGUCUCUUCAAGAUCCACACACCGAACACGGUAUCAGCUGGUGUGGGCUCACUUCGGAGUUUGUGGCGGCCUUUCCUCAUGUUCUUCCAGAGGGCGCCGAGCGGCCAAAAGCCCUGGAGAGGCUACAAGACGAGCUGCGCAGCCAGCUCCGACAUAACCUCGAGAGGAUGAGCCAGAUCACGGACUCGCCUCAAGUGCCUCCGGUGCAACCCAUCCGGCAAUUUGGCCGCGACGAUUUCACUUGGGAGAUGAACGUUUGGCUGGUUCUCUACAGUUCUGCCAUCAUCCCUUUCUGCGGACGGUCCGGUUCAGAACUGUGGAACCUGCAAAACCGCGACUUGGGACAGCUGGCAGACUUUCUCGGCACUGCGCACCUGUUCAGCAAACCUCUUACUGAGAAGACACUCACUGCGACGGGGCUUCAAGACUGGGUCGAGAAGUUAGAAUUCGUAUUUUGUGGUCCAGCAGAGGGGCUUCCCAGCGCUCCGACCCCGGACUUGAUAUACGUGGUGGCAGUCUACAGGUCCAGGGAAAAGGACAAGGCUUACAUCAAACAUCUUCGAAGCCUGCCUUACCUCUCUACGCUUGGCAGGUCUCCAAGCCCUUACAAUGGGCUAUGGGACUACCGGGCUAUCCUCGAAAUUAGCCGAUCAUCGUUCAACGAAGACGAUCUCCUCGUCCGCAAGCGGAGGCCCAUCCACUUCCUCCCCUUAUACCCUGGCGAAGAAGCCAUCCGACGCUGGAAAAGCAUUCUCGAAACGUCUGAAAAGCUAGUGGUGCAUCGCUGCCCGAGGCCUCUCCUGCGCGACAGCAGCGAGUCCGACGGUCGAGACGCAUUUAAGGAGGUGGAGCUCAACCAAGGCUCCACGACUGAAGGGAAUUGA